AUGCUCCCCUGUGUUUUCUUCUCUCCUUCCAUCCUGUGCAUUCCGCCCCUCAUUCUCCCACCCCCCCCCCCACGCUGUGCCCCCCCGUGCCAGCUGGUGGUGCGGAUGACGGCGGGGCUCAAGCACACCUACUCCGCCUGCAACGACGCCUCGCGCGCACACAUCGCCGCCCACCAUCCCUCCUCAAACCCCGCGCCCGCCGUUCCUGACCAACCCGCGGCUCGCGAGUAUGGCUCGCCGGAGGGCGGAGCAGGUGACGGCGAGCGGGCGGCGCGCGUGGUGCUGACGAAGCCGUCGGAGGCGGCGGGGAACGAGGGGUGGGACAACGCCAACUCCGACCUCAUCCUCUCCACGGGCCUCGUGCUGCACGGCGAUCCCGGCACCCCCAGCUACGUGGUGCGGGACGUGUUGGGGCAGGGCACGUUCGGGCAGGUGGUGAAGUGCGAGUGCGGGGAGACGGGCGAGGUGGUGGCGGUGAAGGUCAUCAAGAAUCAGCCCGCCUACUACCACCAGGCGCUCGUCGAGAUCAGCAUCCUCCGCCUCUUGAACGGGUCGUUUGACCCGCAGGACGAGCACCACAUAGUGCGACUGGUGGACCACUUCGUGUGCCACAGCCACCUCUGCAUCGUCUUCGAACUCCUCACCUACAACCUCUUCGAGCUCAUCCGCCAGAACCAGUUCCGCGGCCUCUCUCUCAAGCUCGUGCGCCUCUUCACCAAACAGCUGCUGGUGGCGCUGACGGUGUUGGAGGAUGCGCGCGUCAUACACUGCGACCUCAAGCCCGAAAACAUCCUCCUCAAAAGCUUGGGCGGCGAGAUCAAGCUCAUCGACUUUGGCUCUGCCUGCACUGAGAAUCGAACUGUGUACUCUUACAUCCAGGCCGCAUGUCUGCACUCGCCGCAGGCCCCUCCCAUGCCCCCUCACCUCUCCCCGGCCUCUGCGACCCCAUGUGUCCCCCUCUCCCCACCUUCUCCUCUCCCCCACCAGAGUCGGUUCUACCGGUCGCCGGAGGUGGUGUUGGGGCACGCGUACGGCACGGCCAUUGAUCUGUGGUCGCUGGGCUGUGUGGCGGCGGAGCUCUUCCUCGGCCUGCCGCUCUUCCCUGGCGCCUCCGAGUUUGACAUGCUGCACCGCAUGGUCGAAACCAUGGGGUCCGUCACCACUCUGCACACACUCACUCCUUCUGCUGUCCCUGCUGCCUUCAACCAUGCUCCUCUGCAUGAAACGUCCUCUAUAUUUAUUGAUCCCUACUUUCUUUUCCCGAUAGGAGUAUUCCACGCUCUCAUUUCUUCCCCUCCCGCGUUUCUUCACCUUUCCUGCUCCCUCGCUGUGCCAUGCAGCUGCCAGCCGCCCGAUGCCAUGUUGAGGCAUGCCAAGCACACGGCCAAGUACUUUGUGCGCACAGCAGACGCGGGGGGUGGGGGGGAGGAUGGGCGCGGUUCAGCGUACCGCCUGAAGACGGUGGAGGAGGUGGUGGCGGGGGGGGAGGCGCGCCCGGCGCUGGGGAAGAGGUACUUUCGGCAGACGGCACUCAGCGACCUCGUGCUGGGCUAUGCGCUGCGGCGCGGGGAAGGGGCGGAGGAGGCGCGGCAGGAGCGGGCAAGCCGAGUGGCGUUUGUGGACUUUCUCUCGGGCCUGCUCCACAUGGACCCCGCCCAGCGCUGGACCGCCCGCCAGGCGGCACAGCACCCAUUUAUCACGGACGAGCCAUGGAUGGGGCCCUUCCAGCCACAGCGCCAGGUGAGCUCACCUCUGCCUUCCGCACCUCACUCCUCCCGCUGCUCUGCAAUCGCUCUGCUUGACUGCGUCAUGCAACUCACUCCCGUGGUCAACACGUGCAUCCCCCCAUGCGUCUCAUCCCCGCUUCAACCCGCUCCGCAGCAGCAGCAGGUGGACGCCACCGAGGCCGCUCAGCUGCAGCCGCUGCACAGGGAGGGUGCCUCGCGCCUCGCGCAGCAGCAGCAGCAGCAUGCGCGUGUGCUGCAGCACAGGCAGUCGCUAGGAGCUCAGGAAGCAGGGCGGGGAGGGGCGUUGGAGGGGGGCAUAAUGGCAGGCAGCCUGGGCGGGGCAGCGGGCGUGGGAGCAGCACUGCCGCCCGCCAUGGCUCUGUCUGGACCUGCUCCUGCUGCCAUGCCCGCCGCCCUUGCUCCUGCUGCUCUGGCCAUGGGUGCAGGCAUGGGGCCAGGCAUGGGAGCAGCAGGCAUGGGCGAAGGCGGAUAUGGGAGCAUGGGGGGGUAUGGCGUGCCCCUCGGGCUGCCCCACAACUACGGCCCUCUGGGCGCCAGUGUGGGCUCCUACGGCAGCCUUGGCAGCCUUGGCAACAGCUUUGGCGCCAUGGGGGUUUUGGGAGGCAUGGGGAGUGUGGGGGGCAUGGGGGGCGUGGCGGGCAUGGGAGGGAUGGGAGGGAUGGGGGGCGUGGGGAGUCUGGGAGGGGUGGGCAGUCUGACAGACCCCACAGGCUCCUACAUGGCGUAUGCUGCGCACCUUGCUGCGGCAGGGCAGGGGGCGGACUUGGGGUCAGGGUCGUUUGGAGCAGCGGCAGGAGCAGCAGCUGCGGGAGGUGGUGGAGGGCUGGGGUUAGGAUUAGGGUUAGGGUUUGGGCAGAGCCCGGACACACGGCAGCUGCUGCCUGCGCUGGCCAGCAUGAAUCAAGCGGCGCAGCAGUGGCAGAUGGGCCAGCUGGGGCAGGCCGGGCUGGCGAAUCAGGCAGGUCAGGUGAAUCAGCUGAGUCAAGCAAGUCAAUCGAGUCUCAUGAGUCAGAUGCCGUCCAGCCCUCUGGGUCCCGGGAGGGGCUCGUUGCAGCAGUACCAGCAGCAGUUUCAGCAGCAGUUUCAACUGCAAUUGCAGCAGCAGCAGCAGCAGCAGCAGCAGUAUCAACAGCUGCAGAGGCUGCAUCAACAGCAGCAGAUGCAGCAGAUGCAGCACCAGCAGCAGCAGCAGCAGCAGCAGUCAUCGCAGCAAAAGCGGUCGUCCCUGCAUGAGCAGCUGCAGAGUUCUCACUCCCUGCAGCCCUCGUCUGCAUCCCUGCUCUCCGCCCAGUUUCGUUCACAACAGGUGGCAGACGGCAGCACAGGCAUGGGCAUUGGCACGGGAGUGGGAAUGGGCAUGAGCAUGAGCAUCCCCGCAGCUGCCACCCUUGCAGCCCCCGGCGCCGUAUCUGCUGGCGGCAGGCAGCAGGAGAGGCGGGGCAGUGGUGGGGGGGUGUGGCAGGGCAUGGGGAAUGAGGGUGCGUAUGUGCCCUUGGGGCAAAGCCCUGGCGAGCCUUUCCUGGACGGGGCAGGGCGAGGGGGAGGGGGGUACUGGGGGGGGAGGGACGGCGAAGUGGCAGUGAGCAGCAACUCGCUGCUGGGAGCCAGUCCGUUGCAGUUCACCCCUCCCUCCCACUCGCGCCACUUCCCAUCCUCCCACUCGCACCAGCACCAACUCCAACAGCAGCAGGGUGGGCGGCAGGGACACCUGCAAGUGCGUGUGAGUGAGCCCACAACGCCCUCCUCCCCCACCACCUCCUCGCCUCACUUCUCCCCGUCCUCGCUCCACCCUGACUUCUCCUCCCCGCUGGCCCGAGGGUCAGUGGGGCAGGCGUCCUCUCUGGGCCCCAGCGGCAGCACCCACCCUACCAGCCACAAUCCGGGCGCAGGGCUGCCCUCCCCCGCUGCUAGAGGGCUGGCGGGUGCAGGGGCAGGGGGGAUGGGGUUGAGUGUUGGCAGGGGCGGAGCGGAAGGGGGGAUUGCACUGGAGAAGGCGGCUGUGAUGGGACAGUUCCAGAGGCGGCAGAGUGAGGUGAUGCGGUUGAUGGCCAUCAUGCAGCAGCAACAGGAGCAGGAACAACUGCAACUGCAACAGCACCUGCAGCUGCAGCAGCAGCAGCAGCAGCAGCAGCAGCAGCAGCAGCAGCAGCAGCAGCAGCAGCAGCAGCAGCAGCAGCAGCAGCAGCAGCAGCAGCAGCAGCAGCAGCAGCAGCAGCAGCAGCAGCAGCAGCAGCAGCAGCAGCAGCAGCAGCAGCAGCAGCAGCAGCAGCAGCAGCAGCAGCAGCAGCAGCAGCAGCAGCAGCAGCAGCAGCAGCAGCAGCAGCAGCAACAGCAACAGCAACAGCAGCAGCAGCAGCAGCAACAACAACAACAGCAGCAACAGCAACAGCAAUUGGAGCAGCAACAGCAGCAACAACAGCAGCAGCAUCUGUUGCAGCAGCAGCAACUGCAGCUACAACAAGAAGCGGAAGAGUUGAAGCAGAGACAGGUGCAGCAGGAGCAGCGUGAGGGGCAGCGGGGAGGGAUGGCAAGGGUGGAGCACGGGGCAAGAGAGGCCGCGAGUGAAGGUGCUGGCGACAGCAGGAGCGGCAAGGGGGGUGGGCACGGUGCAGAGAGUAGCAGCAGGCAGCAUGGCGUGCAUGCAGGGAGGCAGGCGCUUGCAGGGCAGGGGGAUCUUGUGGGGGAGGGCCGUGCCCGUGUGAGCAUGCAGGGGGGUGCACAGCUGCCAGAAUCUUGGGAGGCAGCUGCUGGUGGUGCUGGUGGUGGUGAGGGUGGUGGUGGUGGCGAGGGUAUAGCUGGUGUGAGCCUGGGGCUGGGGCUGGGGCUGGGCUCGCACUACAGCAGCAAUGACAGGAGCCAGGAGAGCGGGCGCACAGCAACAGGUGCGGCGAGUGAUGCACACGAGGGGAGAAGGGGCGAAGGGGAGGGAGGGGGGGGAGGAGGAGCGGGGUGGGAGAGGGGAAAGAGCAGUUCAGCAGGCGAGGGGGAUGGGCCUGCGGAGUGGGACCCGUACUUCUGUGAUGAUCUGCUGCUGCACCCCCCCCAACCCCACUCCCACCCCCACCAGCCACCCUCCACUGCUGCCACCACUGCCGCUGCUGGUGGUAGUGGGAGUGGGGUCAUGGCGGGUGGGGGAGUAGGUGGCAAGGGGUGGUGGGGGGAGCAGGAGGGUGGGGGGACGGAUGAGGGGCAGGGGACAGGAGGCGUGGGUGGGGUUGCGUGGCAGGUGAGAGGCAGUGGGCAUGGCAGUGGACCCAGCUCUAUGGAGGGAAACACUCACGUGGGCUCGCAUGGGUAUGUGGGCUCGCAUGGGCAUGUGGGGUCACACGGGCAUGGGGGGCACACCAUUGGCCCCCCUGCUGCCUGGAGCCCUCUCAACGCUGUCUACAUGCAACCUGCACCCACCACGGAUGCUGCUGUUCCUGCCGCUGCGGCAGCGGGUGUGUUGUCAGCUGCUGCUGCGCCUGGAGGGCAUGGCGGGGCGGCAGCUGGGCGGGGCAGUGGCGGGUCGCUGGGAGCUAUGGACUGCUCGCCUCUUGCUGCUGCUGGCGCCUUCAUGUGGUCUCGCCCCUCUGCCACGGCCAGUGGCUCGUCCGCCCCACACCACUACCGCGCUGUCACUGACCACCCACACGCCCCGCUCGCCCUGCCACACCACACCGCUGCCGCUGCUGCUGCUGGCGGUGCAGGCGCUACACACAGUGAGCGAUGGCGAGGAGGGGAGGAUGAGGGGGAUAGCAGCGCAGAGGGAUUGGCGGGAAUAGAUGGAGAGGUGGAGAGCGGUGCGGAGCCCAUGGGCAUAUCUCCGGUGCAGGCAGGGCAGCUGGGCCACUGGUCUGCCGCUGCUGCCGCCGCUGCUGCUGCUGCCGUGGCAGGCCAGCAGGGGGGAGGCGGGUGGGGUGGUGGCAGGGCAGGGGGGGCUGCAGCAGGGGUGGGGGCAGGAGGGGGAGCACCAGAGACGGGGGUGGGGGGAGUGGUGGGGAGAGGGGUGACCAGUGGGAUGGGAGUGGUGGGGGCGGUGGGGGUGAGUGUGGGGAUGGGGAGGGGGUAUGGGGGAGGGAGGGGGAAUGCCAGAGAGGGGGGCCGUCAGGGCAGAGGCAUGGGAGGAGGCAUGGGGUUGGCAGAGGUGGCAUGGCUUGGGUAG